CCCGCGCCUGCCGACGGGAGGGGCGCUCCGACUGAGGAGCGGGAGGGCUUUCUGGCGCUCGCGGCUUUGUGGCUCGGGGUCUGCGUGUUUUCGGGGGGCGGGGUGGGGGCUGCGCCUGAACCAGCUCGGAAGAAUGACUCUGGAGUCCAUCAUGGCGUGCUGCCUGAGCGAGGAAGCCAAGGAAGCCAGGCGGAUCAACGAUGAGAUCGAGAGGCAGCUCCGCCGAGACAAGCGGGACGCCCGCCGAGAACUCAAGCUGCUGCUGCUGGGUACAGGAGAAAGUGGCAAAAGCACAUUUAUCAAACAAAUGAGAAUCAUUCACGGUUCAGGAUAUUCUGAUGAAGACAAAAGAGGGUUCACAAAGCUCGUGUAUCAGAAUAUAUUUACAGCCAUACAGUCUAUGAUCAGAGCUAUGGAUACACUCAGAAUCCCAUACAAUUAUGAGCAUAAUAAGGCCAAUGCACAACUAGUUCGAGAAAUUGAUAUAGAGAAAGUGUCCUCAUUUGAGAACCCCUAUGUAGAUGCAAUAAAGAGCUUAUGGAAUGAUCCUGGUAUUCAAGAAUGCUAUGACAGACGACGGGAAUAUCAGUUGUCAGAUUCUACUAAGUAUUACCUUAACGAUUUGGAUCGCAUAGCAGGCCCUGGAUAUCUACCCACUCAACAAGAUGUUCUUAGAGUUCGAGUUCCAACUACAGGAAUCAUUGAAUACCCAUUUGACUUACAAAGUGUUAUUUUCAGAAUGGUGGAUGUGGGGGGACAGCGAUCGGAACGAAGAAAAUGGAUACACUGUUUUGAAAAUGUCACCUCCAUUAUGUUUCUAGUAGCUCUUAGCGAAUAUGAUCAAGUACUUGUGGAGUCAGACAAUGAGAAUCGAAUGGAGGAAAGCAAAGCACUAUUUAGGACAAUUAUCACAUAUCCCUGGUUCCAGAAUUCUUCAGUCAUUCUAUUCUUAAAUAAGAAAGACCUUUUAGAGGAAAAAAUAAUGUAUUCACAUCUAGUUGACUAUUUCCCGGAGUAUGAUGGACCUCAGCGAGAUGCACAGGCAGCAAGAGAAUUUAUCUUGAAGAUGUUUGUUGACCUGAAUCCUGAAAGUGAAAAAAUUAUCUACUCCCAUUUCACGUGUGCCACAGACACAGAGAAUAUCCGCUUCGUCUUUGCUGCUGUCAAGGACACUAUCUUACAGUUAAACCUGAAGGAGUACAACUUGGUCUAACUGUGCCUCUUAGAUCUCUAUCCACCCACUUCGGGCAAUUGAAGAUAUUCAAGAGGGACUGUAUUAUCUGUGAAAAUGAUCUGCGUAAUACUAAUUUAUUGCUGGCCUGGACUCUGUUAAUAUUUGCAGAGUUUGUAGUUAAAUAUUACAAUUUUAUUUAAACUUUACAGAGGAAAAGAAACAAAAGAUGCUGAACUACAUUCACAGCUCAUUUCCUCUUUUUUUAAGUCAAAAUUUUGUGACUUAAUGUGUUCUAAAUUUUCAGUUGUGCACUCACAAAACGAUAGGGGUUUGGGUUGAUUUUUGUUGUUGUUGUUGUGACUGAAGCAAAAUCAAGUUGGGCUCUCCCUCCUCUUGUCUCUGCCUGUGUUUGUCUUGAUUUAUUUUUUUCAGGUACAAUACCUAUCCCCACAAAUCUAAUUUUCAGGUGUCCUUCUUAGGUUGGUGGGGGGGGGAACCUGCCACUAGAAUUUAAGCCAUCGAAAACUACUUUUAUGAGGAAUCAGAUCUAUUGAUGUUCUGAUUUUAUUUAAUUUUUGGCAGAUGUAAAGUAUACCUACCUUUCAGUAUCAACUUUGCACUGUAGGAAUGUUGUUCAUUGGGAGUAUUAAUAGCAGUGUUGUAGAUUUUUAUCCAUAACAGUACCAUAGAAAAAUCAACAAACUACAUAGAACAGAGCAACAAAUUACUGAGAAAGGGCAUUUUUGAAGCAGAUUAGCUUUUUGAUCUGAAUUUGCCAUUUACUCUCUUCUAAAACCAAUUUUUUUUGGGGGGGACCCUCCCUCUUCCCCCUAUUUUUGCUUCUUAAUCACAGAUGCCAAAUAUAUACCAUGGAGAUAUUAUACCCUGAAAACUCUGUUUUGAUUAGUUUUUAAAUUAAGCAGACGAUCUAGAUUUCUCAUCCCAAUUUCAGAUUUUUAAAAAUUGUUCAGAAACUAUUGGCCAGAUUUGGUUCUUUUCUUAUAAACUUAUAAACAUAGUGGUUACAAAAUAUAAGAUGAUGAUUUAAGAUACCAAAUUAACUGAUUGGGAAUCUCUUCCAGACAACUGCCAAAUAUUAAAGCAAUGAGAUGUUAGCUUUUUUCGUUUCCUCUUUGUACUGAAAAGCAUUCCAUUUCUCAAUGCCAAGCUUCCCCCCAUAACAUUAUGAGUAAAAAAAAUGGUGCUACAUACAUAUGCAUAUGGCCUAAUUGAAAAACAGUUUUAAUACUGUAUCUAAAGUGCUAUAAGAUUGGACACUGUUGUUAUUUUCCUUCUUUAUUAAGGCACUUUUAAUGGAAAAAAACAAAAUAGCUAAAAGAGAGAGAGAUAAAGAGAGAGAGAAUGUACAUAUAAAGUUGUAUUUGUGUGUGAAAUGACAAAAUGGAAGGUUAAACCUAUAUAUAAUUGUUUGAGAACAAGUCCAGUGGAUUCAGAAGGAUGGUUUUUGAGUAAAUAUAUCAGUUUUAAUAAUAGAAAGGGGUGGGAACCACUACGCCUGUUUUGGUGGAUAUUCUCACUCUGCCUCUCUCCUCUUUUCUCCCUCCCUCCCUCUCUCUCUCUUUAUUUUGGACUGAAAUAAGAUUUUUAAAGUUUUGUGUAAAACGACUCUGUAAAUAAAAAUUGUCAGUUUGGAAAAUUGUACAUGAGGUAGAAAAGUCAGAUACGAAAUUCAACUAAUUUUUCUAAAAGGUAAUUUUUGCAAUUCUAGGUUUAAAAUAAAUUAUCUGCAUUAUACUUUGGGGCAACAGAGGAGACAAUGAAUGCGAUAAAUUAUGACUAAACCUCAAAUGUAGGAGCAAUCUACCAAGCUUUAGUAUUACUGGCAUAAGGGCCAGGUUCCCAGUAUAACAUUCUUAAAAUAAGGCUUCAUGGAUAAUCUACACCAUAUUACUAAUAAGAUUUCAUUGAUCCUUAAUUCUUUCUAUUAGAAUUGAUGAAAACUUGGAUUGCUUUUGUUCCCUAAUCAUGAAAUCUUGUAAUUUUAAAAUAGUAGGCCUAGUGCAAUUAUGAAUGCUAUAAUCAUUGUGAGAUAUGUAUACGUAUAUGUAUAUGUAUCUCACAGCAUCCAUACUGGCUUUGUAAUCAUUUUGGGCAGAUUAAAUGUGCUGUAUUGAUAUGUAUCUAUGUAACUGUAAUGUAUGUCUUACAGAUAAUUCACAAUUUAAAUAAUGUUAUUUUAUUUACUUUUUUAACAGAGAAGAAUGUACAUUUUGUCAGUUUAUUUCUGACUAGGAGGUGUUUUUUUUUUAAUUUUUAAUCUACAAACAGUUAUUAUAGUUCAGAGUGGUACUAGCAUCAUGCAGUAUAAAAUCAUUUGCACUGCCCUGAGUUAAAAUUGGAAUGGACACUCACGUGCACUUGCAUACACACAGAGGAAUUUAAGCUCUUUCUUGUCGGACUACAUUGUUCUUUGGCAAAUGGAAAGGUUAGUUUGCAUCUCCAGUCUUUUCACAGUAAAAAUGUGGAGGGGGGGGGUUGUUUUUACCACAGUGAAGAUUCUUUUAAGCAGCCACUUAAUAUUGAAGGCACUGAUCAGCUAUCGAGCCAUUGAGCUGGCAACUCUGCAAUUAGUUAAGUUUGUCUGCUUUGAUAAGGUAAUGGGAGCAUAUGUUGAAGCUAUUCACAAGAAGGGAUAAUAGGAACAAGGUGCAAGAAGGUGAUCAUGAAAAAUCGCUUUGGGUUGGAAGCUUUUUUAAAUAUAGGGUGCAUAUUUCAACAUGUAUUCCAUUUGAGGUUUUUUGGUGGGAUUUUUUUUUUUGUAUUUGUAUUUCCAACAUCCAAUGAGAAUUUUAAACAGACAAUUGCUUCAUGCUACCAGGGAGUUCAUAGGAAUUCAUUUUUGCAACAGCUACCAUCUGUUAUCCUCCCCCCCCCCCAAAAAACCCCAAUGGCUCAGCUGUCACUUCCUCACUUAAGUCAUAUUUCAAAUUUUAUUUCAAACUAACAUUUGAAAAAAUGUAAUUUUUAAAAAAAUGUGACAGUGUUGCAGCAGAUACCUUUAUAAAUAUUUUAUGUUGGAAUGUCAAAAUUAAUGGUAAAAUUGGCACUGUAAGAGAAAAAUGACACAUAAAUUUUUUCUAACAGGAUUAGGGAUUUUUUUUUCUACUGAUGUUGAUGCAAAUGAAGAAUAUCAUACAAAGGAAUUAUUAUUUAUUCAACCUUUCUUGUUUCCAUUGAGCUUUUAAGAAUGGAACUUGAGGUAUUAUAUAUAGAUAUAUAGAUAUAUAAAUGGCAUUACCAAUUUUACAGGAUCCUUGUAAUAGCUAGGAAGACUGCCAUUGUAGGAGCUGAAUCUCCGUGUAGCAUUUGAAAUGGCAAACCCCUCAUUCAGUUUACAAAGCUUUCCUGUCAGUUCUGAGUGGAGACCAGGAAAAAGUGAUGGCAUACCGAAAUGGCCAGAAAGUAGCUAGUAGCUUUGGCUCAUCUUUUUCAUCACAAAUGACCUUGCGAAAGCGACUGUAUCUGAUGCUCAGGAUCUCAAAGCCAAUUCACCAGAUCUUCAGUGAGAACUGCACUUGAGAGCAGUAUAUACGAAAAGAAUUCAGAAAAAGUGCUUUGAGCCUCUUGUAAGAGGGAGCCCAGUGCCUGCUAUUUGUUAAAGAAGCUGCCAUUUUUCAGGCUUCUUUGUGGGCCUGCAAAAAAAAAAUCAUGACAGUCGGAAGAAAUCUAUCCAUUAAUGUUAAUGAAACAAAGCAGGUGAAAUUUUUCCUCACUUCACUUGAGCAUGAAGGAGCAGAAAGGUGCUGGGCUUGUGAUUGUGUGAGGUCAGAAAAGUUCAGACUCCAGGCCUACCAAACAUUUUUGUCUUGAAUGGAAGUGGUAACUAAGACCCAUACCUGGUGUAUGACAAUCUCUCUUCUCUUUAAAAGGGAAUAAACAAACCUUUCCACUUUAAGUGGAUUUUUUUCUUCUAUUUUUUUAAAUGGGUUGAAGGAAAGAAAGAACAGAAGAGAUUAAAUACGCUGCAGGAUGUGGAAUUGUUCUUUAUUAUGGAUCCAUGGAAGAAUUUUGGAAGUAUCAGAAAAGGGGAGAAUCAAAAACUAUGAAGUGACAACCUUAGCUGAGGCCAUCAUCUUGACCCCCUACAAACCUCUGUAUUUUUCUGUAUAAUUUCCAUAAAUUUAAACAUGACAUAUGUAGCUGUAGUAUAGGUAAAUUACAUUUUUUUGUGGGAAUUUGAAGGAGAACUUUAACUGCCGAGACAACUUUGAAUUGUCAUUGAUACAUUGCUUUAUGCCAGAGAUCAAAAUGCAACACAGAUUUUUAAAGUGGUAUUCCUCAUCCCAUUUAAGAUUUAUUAUCUGAAGAUUACGAUGAGGAUAGUUACAGGUUUGGUUUUGGUAUAUGCCUUAACAGAUUUUGAGCCCAGAUAUUAGUGCCUCCUAAGUUAUCCAAAGUAAACUUAAGAAGAAGAUUUGUAACUUUGCCAAAACAAUGUAAUACUGCAAAUCAGUUUCUUGGAAAGCUGUGUCUUAAUGAUGAUUAGGAUCUCAGUCUUAUCUGAAAUUUGUUCUCAGUAUUUUAUAUUUAGUGGAAGUUGUGCAACAGUGUUUCCCAUUCAAUUCAAUGGGGCUUGUCUUAAGAAAGCUGAUGGAUCAUAUCCAUGCGUAGAAAUGAUCUUAGAGGAGAUAUUCAUGGCUACUCUUUUUCUAAACCUCUUGAAAUCUGCCAUCCUCAUUCCAGACAUACAGUCCAGACAUACAAAAGAUGAAUAAAUGGACAAGAAGCUUUUCCUUUUUUAUUCAAAAGUAUUUCCAUUGUGAAAAUUAUCUGAACCAGUUUCGUUUUAAUUGUACCAUGGCAGGAUUUUUAUUUUCCUGAUUUCCAGGUUUUAAAGGGAACAGACUUUUUAUGUGAUGUAUCAGUCAAGAAUGACUGCAUGAUUUGCCAAAAAAAAAAAAAAUGAUAGGGGGAAAUGUCUGCAUAUUAAAGAGACAGCUGGGCUUUCACAGCUUUUGGUUGUGAGUGUCAAAUUACUUUUGACGUACAGGUUGACUUCUCCUGUUUGUUUUGGAGUUAUCGCAAAAGACGGAUUAAAUGAUUAAAAGAAUUUUAAUAAGUGUUAAAACAUACAGCAAAAAUAAAAUGUACACCAGGUAUAAAGAUGUGCUCCUCUUCUUGAAACUUUUUUCUAUUUCAGAACAAAAUCUUUAUGCCUGCAGCAACAGUAUCUUCAUUUCACAAGUGAUGAGCAUAGCCAGAUCCACAUUUUGCAGGUGGGGUCAAAAGAGUCAAGGUUACGGCCAUAACCAUAUGAUUGAAUCCCACUUCUUGUUUAUGUGGAAUGGCUGUGACUGCUACCAUUUUAUUUGUACCUCUUCCUAAGACCCUAUUUUAGGGGAAAUAGAAUCUUAUAAUUAACAUGGCUUUGGAGUCCCCUCAUAUUGUUGACCUCAAAUUCUGGAACACAUUGCAAAUGGCUGAUUCCUGUUAUUUAGGCAGAUUCUUGGCUUUUGUAAAUAGCUUUUUAGCCUACAUACCUCAUAUACAUACACCAUAGUUGAUAUUAAAUGUAUACUUUCGUUCUAUAGCCUUAUUCUAAUUUGGACAUUCAUUUGCACAUCAUUAUAGUCCCUAAUCUGGAGUUUUGUGUUUGUUCUCUGGGCCUUUUAGGUGAAUGAGACAUUAUUCACUUAAAGAUAACAGUGUUAAUAAAUAUACCAUCUGCUUUGAUCUCUAUUGAAUUGAAUUGUCCAGGAAUAAUUCACAAUAACUCAUUUACACAUUGCAAGGCAUGCUUUAUCAGCAGUACAUUUCCAUUUUAUUCUAGUAUAUGGGAAUUCAUUUGAACUGUGAUUAAAUGGCAUUUAAAACAUGGAUAAUCCCUGUAAUUCUUAUUAUGCCUAUAUUCUUGCAAAUGGGUCACUUUCCUUGUAUUUCCUUCAAAGUAAACCUUGAAUGCAGUUACUACAAUUUUAUAGACAAUACUUAUGUUUGAACAAGUUAUCUGGAAAUGAAAUAGGAGCUGGUAAGCUUAAAUAGAAAGAUUAAAACAAGAUUUUGAAAGUGCCAGGUAGCAGAAGGAUUCAGCCAUGUGUCCUUCCUUCAACAUACUUGUAAAAUUCAAUUUGUUAGUGAUUUCUUUAUAACAAUAUCUUGAAAGCUAGCCUUAUAGGACCUACAUGUUGACCAGAUGGGACUCUUGUACUUUUAACUCAGCAGUAUUUUAUUACUUACGCUUGUUCUUAAUAUCCUUCAAAUGCAUGUAUCAUCUAUGAUUUGAGACUGAACCUUUUUGGCAACAGCUAAUGUAUUAUAAUACCCAAAUGACUGCACUAGUUAAAAUUACAGCAUUUUGGCCAUA